UUAAGCGCUUAUAAGGUUACACACUAUCAGAAAACAUAUGUAGCCCAAGUGGGAGAUUGUUGGAUUAAAAUCCUCAAUAUGGGCUCAUAUGUAUAUUAGUGUAUUGCUAUUUGAAGUUUGGCCCAAAAUAAAGUGAUCAUUUUAGUAAUUAUGGGUCAUUGGGUAUUAAAGUGUCAUGGGCUAAAUGUGUAGAUACCCUAAGCGAUAUUUCUAAUUUAUUGAGGGGCUAAAUUAGAAAUACUUAAAAUUAAUAACCUAGCUAUGAGGUUAUAAAUUGGUAGUGGUCCCCAAGAAACAAGUGCCAAUUUCUAUUCUCAUCUUCCCCCAUCAAGAGAGAAAAUUAGAAAACCUAAGUCUUGUUUUCUUGGAAGAUCAUUACCCAAAAUCACCACAAAGAAUUAUAAUUAUACACUUAUAAUUAUAUGUAAUAUGUUUAUCUAUAGAAUUGAAUUUUGUUGUUGCAUAUUUUAUGAGUGAUAUAGAAACUAACAAGUGAAACUUCCAAUCCACUUUUUGAUAGAGACCUUUUAUGUAAAGCCAGAAAAGAUUUAGGCUUGUUUUUUUUGGGGUUGAGUUUUGUUUUUAUACUCUCUCUAUCCAUUUUAUGUAGAAUACGAGUAUGUUUUUUGAGUUAACGUUUUCUUUUCCUAAUUUCCUUAGCCUAUUUUGAUGCUUGUCUUUUUUCUAAUUUCUAUUCAGAAGAGUUCAACUUAUCUAUAAUGGGUAAAGAUAUCUCUGCUGGUGAUUCAAAUGAAAGAAAGCCCGGCUUGUUAAAAGAUCAAAUCCAGUUGGUGAAGAGAAAGGAUUCAACUCGUUAUGAAAUUGUUCCCAUUAAAGAUUCUCUAUCCUUUGAAAAGGGUUUUUUUAUUGUCAUCCGUGCUUGUCAAUUAUUGGCUCAACACAAUGAGGGCAUAAUAUUAAUAGGGCUGGCAGGUCCUUCGGGAGCUGGGAAAACUGUAUUCACAGAGAAGAUACUCAACUUUAUGCCCAGCAUUGCAGUCAUUUCAAUGGACAACUACAAUGAUGCCAGUCGAAUUGUUGAUGGAAAUUUUGAUGAUCCGCGGUUGACAGACUAUGACACGUUGCUUCAGAAUGUCAGCGAUCUGAAGGAAGGAAAAGAAAUCCAGGUCCCAGUAUAUGAUUUCAAGUCUAGCUCCCGUAUAGGAUACAGGACAGUUGAAGUCCCUAGCUCUCGUAUUGUUAUCAUUGAGGGAAUCUAUGCUUUGAGUGAAAGGUUGAGACCUUUACUGGAUCUUCGAGUAUCAGUCACAGGUGGGGUUCACUUUGACCUUGUCAAAAGAGUAAUACGGGAUAUACAACGAGCUGGGCAAGAACCUCAAGAAAUUAUUCAUCAGAUAUCUGAGACAGUAUAUCCAAUGUACAAGGCCUUCAUUGAGCCAGAUCUCCAAACAGCUCAUAUAAAGAUUACAAAUAAGUUUAAUCCUUUUACUGGAUUUCAGAGUCCCACUUAUAUAUUGAAGUCAGCAAAGAAGGUGACGGUGGAUCAAAUAAAGACUACUCUUUCUGAAGAUUAUAUCGAAUCAACAGAGCAGACAUAUGAUAUAUACCUUUUACCACCUGGGGAAGACCCGGAAUCUUGCCAAUCAUAUUUAAGGAUGCGUAAUAAAGAUGGAAAGUAUAGCCUCAUGUUUGAGGAAUGGGUGACAGACAAUCCUUUCGUGAUAUCACCAAGAAUAACUUUUGAGGUCAGUGUUCGUCUUCUUGGUGGACUUAUGGCCUUGGGUUACACAAUUGCAACUAUUCUCAAGAGAAAUACCCAUGUAUUUUCUAGUGAUAAAGUGUGUGUAAAACUAGAUUGGCUGGAACAACUAGAUCGGGAAUAUGUUCAGGUGCAAGGAAAAGAUAGGUUGAUUGUUAGAGGUGUUGCUGAGCAGCUUGGUUUGGAGGGUACAUACACUCCUCGGACAUAUAUUGAACAGAUUCAAUUGGAAAAGCUUGUGAAUGAGGUCAUGGCAUUGCCAGAGGAUUUAAAGACAAAGCUUAGCCUAGAUGAGGAUCUGGUUUCUAGCCCCAAAGAAGCACUUUUUAGAGCUUCUGCAGACAGGGUUGCCAUGAGAAAUAAGCAUCUGAAGAGUGGCAUGUCACAGUCAUAUACAGCACAAGGGGACAAGAACAUUUCUAAGCUUACUGGAUAUGCUGCUAAGGGUCAAGGAUAUGGAGAGAGAAAUUCAGUACCAAAUUCAACACUAGCAAAUCAACUUUCAGACCAAAUAUCUUCACUGAACGAUAGAAUGGAUGAGUUUACGAAUCACAUUGAAGAGCUGAAUUCCAAGUUAAGUCAGAAGAAAAAUUCUUCUAGCCAACAAAACAUAGCUCUCCAGGCUGAAGCAUGCAAUGGAUCUGCUCCUACUUCCUACUUCAUGUCUAGAGUGGGCAAUGGUUCAAUGAAUGGAUCUUUAAUGCCGAAUUCGUUAUCUUCGUCUCAGUUGGCUAAAGACUCCCCUAUACUGGAAGAGAUAUCAAGUAUAGCAAGAGGACAGAGACAAAUAAUUCACCAGUUAGACAGUAUCAGCAAUCUUCUCCGCGAGAACACUGGAGAGAAGACUCGCCAAAUCCGAACUAAAAGGAAAAACAUAACUUGUGAUACCGAAAGCUUCACAGUUCCUCUUGUUUUCACCGCACUGGCAGUUGCUGGAACAGGAGUCCUAUUAUUCAAAGGAUUCUUUUCCCGAAAUUAGUUUUUAUUUUUUUGGUUUAUGAUUCAAACUUGAAGCUAACUUUUAGAGAUGUUCAUCCAUUGUGACCCAUGAAGACCUUGCAGAGCCGCCCUUCUUCCCGGGAAAGAGAGUCAAGAACAAGAAAACAUUGCAGAGUUUUUAGGAGAAUAUUGAAAGGAGAUUUAUACUAAGCUUUCAAAUUUCUCUUUGAGGAUUUACGUAAGAAGGGUUUCUUUUCUGGCCUAUUUUUGUUAUUUUUGUGGGGAUCUUAUUAACUUGAGUUAAGCCAUAUUAUUUAUUUGCUAAUCAAUCAGUCAAAGCCUAUAUAUAAGAAUAUUAUUAAAAAUAGAAAAGACGUUUACAGCAUUGCUCUUUUUCUUGUGUUGCUUCACUAAUUUCUUUCUUAUUGUAUGUAAUAAUGUAAUUAACUAUUAAUUACUGUUCACAUAUUUGUUUUCAAUUUUACCC